UAUUUGCAACUCUCCUUAAGGAUUUGACUGUUCAUCGUCUCAAAAUUCACUAAUUCUGGACUCACCAAUCAACCCAGAAGGAGAUAUGAUGUUUCAGGUCGCAGAUCAUCAAGACAACAACAUCGAGUUUCAAAGAAACAAGAAAGUGAAGCAGAACAAUCAUGAAACAGAAUCAGAUUACUCUUGUCUUGUUACCCAUGUCACUGCUUCAAGUCAACACACAGAUGCACUGUAUCUUCCACAAGAUUUGACUAGCUCAAAUGGUCUUACUAGGAAAUGUAGCAAGAGUCCGCGACAGAUCUUUUCAUCGUAUUCGUCGAGUGAGAAGCAGUUUGUAACAUUUAGACUUGCACCAGUUGAUGGUAGACAUUGUAGAUUGCGUCUUCCGAUGCAAUUCACGAGGGAGAACGGGAUAAACAAGCCUGGGAAGAUAUAUUUGUUGGGUAAAGAUGGUUCAAAGUGGUUAGCGAAUCUUCUCUCGGAAAGCAACAGAGGAAGAAUGACUUUGGGAGACGGAUGGAAAAGUUUCGUUAAAGCAAACGGCUUAAAGACGGGUGAAUCUGUUACACUCAGGUUAUAUUGGGAAGAUACUACUCCUGUGCUAAGUUUGUGCCCUGAAGUGUACAACACUGAGACAAGAGUAGGAGAAGAGUGUUUAGAUGCAAGCGAGAAAGAGUCUUUUCCCAUAGAGCCUAGUAGCAAAGUAGAGAUCAUUAAAGAUGACAUCAACAAAGACAAAAACACCAAAGAUGAGAGCAGCUCAUGGGAGAGAGAGAAUCAUCAUAUGAGAUGUAUGGAUUCAACUUCACCAAGUCAGAACCACAUUCUCACAUUAAAAAUCACACCUGACUGUCUUAAACAUGGUAGACUGCGUAUACCUCUGCAAUUCAUGACGGAAAAUAGCAUGAACAAGCCCGGGGAGAUAACUCUUUUAGGUAAAGAUGGUGCAAAGUGGCUAGCAAGUCUUCUACUAGAAAAAAGAGGAAGAAUGAGUUUGGGAAAAGGCUGGAAAGAAUUUGCUAAAGCAAAUGGUUUAAAGACGGACGAUUCCAUCACGUUCGAGUUAAUAUGGGAAAACGCAACUCCCAUUCUCAAGUUGCUUCGUAUAGAGUCUAGCUAUGGUAGAAGGGAAAGUGGAUUUUCUAAAGAGUCUCUGACCAUGGAACCUAACAGGGGAAACAAGACUAAAAAAGCAGACAACAACAGAGAAGAGAGCAAAAUGUAUCCUCCUAGAUGUAGAGAAUCAACUACAACAAUCCAAAACCAGUUCAUGGCAUUAACUUUUACAUGUAAUACAAUUAGCCUGGGUGCUCAUGAUCCUCAAACCCGUGAGGCCUUCAUUUUCAGACACGAAGGAGAUAAUAUGUUACAUAUCUCAGAUUUGGGACACAGUUGUUUUGGUAUUCGAGAUGUGACGGCUCCAAGCAGCAAAAAUGAUCAUGACAGAAUCGGUAACAUUUCGAUGAAAAUGCAUCCGCACUUAAGUCAAGAAGCAGGCUUUUCAUCAUAUGAUGGUGACGAUCAUGGCAAUUUUGAAGGUCCGAGUAAGAAAGUGAAGAAGAACAAUCCAGAAACACAAGAAGAUUAUUCAUCAGAUCACUCUCGUUUUGUCACAACUUCGAGUCUACACGCAAAUGCACUGAGCCUAGCAGUGAAAGAGUCUCUUCCCAUAAAGCCUAGCAACGUCAGAAAGAUCAGUGAAUAUGACAACAACAAAGAUGAAAACAGCAAAGAGGAAAACAACAUAGAGGUGAGCAGCUCAUGCGAAAGAGAGAAGAAUCAUCUCAGAUGUAUAGCUUCAAUUUCACCAAGCCAAAACCGAUAUGUUACAUUAACAAUCACACCUGACAGUCUCCGACAAGGUAGAUUGCGUCUUCCACUGGAAUUCAUGACGGAGAAUGGUAUGAAUAAGCCCGGAGAGAUAACUGUGUUAGGUAAAGAUGGUGUGAAGUGGCUAGUUAGUCUUCUACUGGAAAGAAGAGGAAGAUUGAGUUUGGGAAAAGGCUGGAAAGAUAUUGCUAAAGAAAACGGCUUAAAGACAGGCGAUUCCAUCACGUUAGAGUCAAUCUGGGAAGAUGCAUCUCCUAUGCUCAAGUUGCUCCAUAUAGAGUCUAGCAGUGUCUCUUGUUUCACAGAUGCUAGCAGUGGACACAAGACCAGGGAAGCAGAAAACAUCAGAGAAGAGAGUAGUAGCUCACCGAAGUUGAAGAAAAGAACGUAUUGUCCUAGAAAACGAGAUUCAUCUUCAGAUAUCCAAAACCGAUUCCUUACAUUAACACUUACACAUGAAGAUGUCAGAGAUGGUAACUUGCAUCUUCCAAGUCAAUUCAUGAGAGUUAACGGCAUCAACAAGCCUGGACAGAUAACUUUGUUGGGUCGAGGCGGUAUGAAGUGGUUUGCAUAUUUACUGUCAAGAGAUGGAACUGUCGUUGUGGGAAAUGGUUGGAAAGGUUUUUGUGAAGCAAAUGGUGUGAUGUUAGGACAGUCUUUUAUUUUGGAAUUCAUUCCCAAAGUAAAUAAUACAAACCAUGUAUUUAAGUUCUACUCCAACUAGGCAGACCAAAUAUAUGUUAAUUAGUACUUUAGCAAGGUUUCUCAAAUGUUGUCUCCAGGUAUCACACGCAUGACAGGUUCUACAUAUAUAUAUACAUUUGUCUA